UAACUCAGUGUCCUCUCCCCCUGCUCAGAUGGACAGUUUGUCUCUCAGAAAAUACUGUACAUAACAAAUGUUUGAGCAACAAACUUACCUCCACUUACAAAUUCAGCAAAUGCUUAUUAAUUUCUGCAACAUGACAAAAAAACAGUUUAAUGUUUAAAAAUGGCUCAUGAGUGAUUUAUCCUGGCAGAUAACUUUGUUAUUUGAGCCUAGAUUAUUUGGAAAAUAACUUGAUUUAUUGACCCAACCACAUUCUUCCCUAUUUAAGGGUUAACAAAAUGCCCUCUCCCCUUGUUCAGGUGGACAGUUUGUCUUUCACAAAAGAGUACAUAGGCUACAACUAAUACUUGAACAUGAAUGAAUUGCUGCAACAUGGAAAUAACAAAAUAACUCAUUUGUGAGGAAAAUGUCAUGUGUUUAAGGCCAAUUAAUUAGGCUAUGAAAAAAUGUGUUACUCAUUUUUCAAAGCGCAAGAUUUCAGCGCAUCAGAUUUCUCUUUAUUGGGACUAAAGUAGUGUAUUUUUUUUUUUUUUUUUUUAACCUGCAGUGCAAAUAAUCUGCCGGAAGAUGUCGCCGCUCCCCCUCUCUCCCUCCGCAGAGACAAUGAAGGCUCCGACUCCUCUCCUCUGAAUGAGUGGACCCCCUUUUCCCUUUUAUAACAGAGAGGGAAUGGGACAGAAAGAGAGAGAGAGGUGGGCAGAGGUGUGACUGAGAGGACAGGCAGAGGCAGAGGGAGACUCAGAGCCAGCUGGGCUUUUGCCAUAUCUUAUUUUUAUUUAGGAAUCUCAAAGAGAGAGAGAGAGAGAGAAAGGGGGAGAAAGGCUGGAGUACUAUAGCAGUAGUUUUUCGUGCGUAAAGGGGAUAGGUUGUUCUCCAAAUUCUUAGGAGUUGUGCUUCACUUUCAGACUGAGCAGUUUAUUUGCAGGCAGUGUCCUGGGUUUCUUUGCCUCGUUACAUUUCAGCGCUAGAGUCCCUGCGGUGCACGGAUUACAAUGCAAAGGAUUGUGGAGGUUUGGGUCACCUUGGUGACAGUUUGUGCGCUGACCGAGGGGGUCUUUGGAGGAUACGGGCUGAGCAUGUUUGCUGCGCAGUCUUCCCCCCCGGACCCGUGCUAUGAUGAGAACGGGAACCCUCGGCGGUGCAUCCCCGACUUCGUCAACUCCGCUUUCGGAAAGGACGUGCGCGUGUCCAGCACCUGCGGCAGCCCCGCCGCCAGGUACUGCGUGGUGGCCGAGAAGGGUGAGGAGCGGACGCGGGACUGUCACACGUGCGACGCCACGGAUCCCAAGAAGUCCCAUCCGCCCGCGUAUUUAACGGACCUCAACAACCCGCACAACCUCACCUGCUGGCAGUCCGAAAACUACGCGCAGUAUCCGCAGAACGUCACGCUCACCUUGUCGCUCGGGAAAAAGUUCGAGGUCACCUACGUGAGCCUGCAGUUCUGCUCACCCAGACCCGAAUCCAUGGCGAUCUACAAGUCCAUGGACUACGGCAAGUCGUGGGUGCCGUUCCAGUAUUAUUCCACUCAGUGCAAGAAAAUGUACAGCAGGCAGAACAAGGCGGCGAUUACUAAGCAGAACGAGCAAGAGGCCAUCUGCACGGACUCCCACACGGACAUGCACCCUCUGACCGGCGGACUCAUCGCCUUCAGCACGCUGGACGGCCGUCCGUCGGCGCACGACUUCGACAACUCCCCGGUGCUGCAGGACUGGGUGACGGCCACCGACAUCAAGGUGAUCUUCAGCCAGCUGCACACCUUCGGGGACGAGAACGAGGACGACUCGGAGCUGGCCCGCGACUCGUACUUUUACGCCGUGUCGGACCUGCAGGUCGGAGGACGGUGCAAGUGCAACGGGCACGCUUCAAAAUGCGUCAAGGACAGGGACGGGAAUCUGGUCUGCGAGUGCAAACACAACACGGCGGGACCGGAGUGCGACAGGUGCAAACCUUUCCACUACGACCGACCAUGGCAGCGCGCCACGGCCCGGGAAGCUAACGAGUGUGUCGCAUGCCACUGUAACCUGCAUGCCCGCCGCUGUCGUUUCAACAUGGAGCUGUACAAGCUGUCAGGCCGGAGAAGUGGCGGUGUCUGUCUCAACUGUCGUCACAACACGGCGGGACGCCAUUGCCAUUACUGCAAGGAGGGUUACUACAGGGACAUGACCAAGUCCAUCUCUCACCGCAGGGCUUGCAAAGCGUGUGAUUGCCAUCCAGUUGGAGCAGCAGGGAAGACGUGUAACCAGACAACAGGCCAAUGCCCCUGCAAGGAUGGAGUGACUGGAAUCACCUGUAACCGCUGUGCCAAGGGCUACCAGCAGAGCCGCUCUCCCAUCGCCCCCUGCAUCAAGAUCCCAGUUGCAUCUCCGACAGCAACGUACACCAGCUACGAGGAGCCGUCUGAUUGUGAAUCUCACUGCAAAGCAUCCAAGGGAAAGAUGAAGAUCACCAUGAAGAAGUACUGUAAAAAAGACUACGCUGUCCAGGUGCACGUUCUGAAAGGAGACAAGGCCGGCGAGUGGUGGAAGUUCACCGUCAACAUCAUCUCCGUCUACAAACAAGGCGAGCACCGCAUCCGGCGUGGCGACCAGCUGCUGUGGGUGCGCGCCAAGGACGUGGCCUGCAAGUGCCCCAAGAUCAAGCCCGGGAGGAAGUACCUGCUCCUGGGCACAGACGACGAUUCCCCCGGGCAGAGCGGCGUGGUGGCGGACAAGGGAAGCCUGCUCAUCCCGUGGAAGGACCUGUGGGGCCGCCGGCUGAGGAAGUUCCAACAGCGUGACAAGAGGGGAAAGUGCUAAGAGAGAGAGAGAGAGAGAGAGAGAGAGAGAGAGAGAGAGAGAGAGAGAGAGAGAGAGAGAGAAAGAGAGGCAAAACAGCGUCUCCACUGGGAUGAAUGCAAGGAAGAGGAGAGGAUGAAUGAAAAAAUAAAUAAACUGGAAGAAUAAAAGCUAGAAAGACACAGGUAAAAAGUAGGAGAGAUGGGGAAAUGACGGAGUGCUGCUGCUCUGAGUUGGAGCGAAGAGAUUAGUGUUUUUAGGAACUUUUGUGAAGGAGCUCAUUCUACAGUUUUUGUUUCUGUUUGUCUUUCAAGGUUUUGUUUUGUUGUGUAAUUGCAGAGUUUGCACCUAAUGUUACAGAUAUAUCACAACUUGACUGUUUUACCCAUGAUGUCCCUUAUUUAGUUGAUUUAAAGAAAAAUGCAUCUACCAUAUCACCCUUCAUUUGUAUUUUAAGAGGAUCUAUUUCCACUGUCCUGUGUAAAGCAAUAUCUAGCUAAAAGAAGAGACAUUUCUCGGCAGUGACGGACUCCACUCAUGUAUGAUAAGUUGCUCUUAUAAGCUGCCAAACUUUGGAUAAACUUUUUCAACAGCUGAAAGUGAAAAAUUGUGAAAUUAUUCUGUGGAAAACCUAAUAGGUGCCACCUUGCCUGAGAGCUCCUCUUCUCGUAUGCGAGUGAAACAGCUAGUGUUGUGGGAACUAAACGCCAUGAUGAUCCUCUGCCCGCUCUGUGUAAAGAUCGUAUGUCACAUCCCAAGCAAGUCUCUGCUCGGCGCUUAUCGAUGUAUCAACAGUGUGUUGUGGGCGUGACCUCUGCAAUGUAAAGUAACCACACGUGCAGACAUACAUAGACGUUAUUUUUAGUAGAUGAUGCCGUAGCAUCGACUAGAUGUAGAGUAGACGUGUCAAACCAUGCACUUAUUUUUAGUAGUCACAAGUUUUAGAACAUGUGAGAUAUGGUUUAGAGUGGCAUCCAAAAAAAAA